AUGGUUAAUUCAGUAGAGCCUAGUCCUCUCCCCAAAAUCUCCCGACAUAUUACCGACCAUGACCGUGAAGGCAAAGCCAUAAUUUCCUCUUCCCUCUCCCCAGAAUCUACCUGGACCGCCACGAAAGGUGCUAAUUUCUUUCUGGGGUACUGCACAUCAGAAUUUCCGGUAGAAAUGAGCUCCAGCAAAGACAUAUCCAGCUACACGAAUUACCUAUCUUCUCCACCAGGCCUAGUUGUUCCAGGGGGUACCGUCCUCAGAGUUGUGGAUAUGGAACCUGGGCUUUUAUCACCUAUGCAUAGAACUACGAGCCUGGACUAUGGGGUGGUUAUUGAGGGGAAGUAG